GGAGCCGCAGAUCCAGCCCUUCAGCACGCUGCUCACUCUUACGUCCCGUCCCUGAGCGGUGAGCUGGCCACGGCACAGAUUUCUCCUCUCUGCUCGGAUUACUUAUCUCUUCUCUAACGAAGCUCUUUCUCGUUUUGUUCCUCCGUGCCCGGUAGAUAUCGGAGUGUUCCGCAGUGAUCUGUUUGGUGCGCAGUAGUGCGCAAAACCUAUUGCGAGGCUGUGCCUCCGCGGCAAUGGAUUGAUCUCAGUGUGGUGUUUUUUUUUUUCCUUUUUCUUUUUUUUCUUUUCUUUACGACCUCUGCUUCGACUAAGUUGAGAAAACAGUCUCUAACCUGCGGCUCUCUCCUUCCAGCUGCGCGUUUCACCAGCGGAGCUCGAAAAGUACCGGGAUCUGGAUGUUUUUGCACAUUUUAGGACUUUGAACUUUUUCCUUUUCUUUUUUUUUUUUUAACCCUCCUUGAUGUGUUUGCAGGAGGUUUGCCUGGGAUUCUAAGGAUAUAUCUAUCUCUUGUUUUUUUUUUUUUUUGGAGGGGGGGCUUUUCAACAUCUUCUCCGAGGUUUCCUGAAAGCCUGCAGAGAUUUAUUCGUGAAAAGUGAUGGCCGAGCGAGGAGCUCCGGCGCUCCUCUCUCUCCUCUGUCUCACCUUUCUCUUCACGGAGACCACCGCGGCAAAGCAUGUCGACAAAGGCUCAGCAACGCAGCCCUUCAGCCCUUUCUGGUUCACGGUGGAGCCCCAGGACACGCUGGCCAUCCGGGGGAACUCCGCGCUGCUCAACUGCUCGGCGCACAGCGACGAGGCCUCGCCGGCGCGGAUCGAGUGGAAGAAGGACGGCACCUUCAUGAGUUUGGUCUCGGACGAGAGGCGGCGGGUCCUUCCGGACGGCUCGCUGUUCUUCGCCCAUGUGGUCCAUUCAAAGCACAACAAGCCGGACGAGGGCACGUAUCAGUGCGUGGCCAACAUUGACAAUGUGGGCUCCAUCUCCAGCCGCACGGCGCGCCUCGCUGUAGCAGGGAUUCCCCGGUUCGCCAGCCAGCCGUCGCCGGCCUCCGUCCACGUCGGGGACAGUCAGGUGAUGGCGUGCGAGGUCAACUCGGACCUGGUUCCGUUCACGCGCUGGGAGAAGGACAAGGAGGCGUUGGAGCUGAGUGACAGGUUGAUCCAGCUGCCCAGCGGGGCCCUCGUUAUCAGCAACGCCUCGGAGACGGACGCCGGCCUCUAUCGCUGCGUCGUGGAAAACGUGGGUUCCUCCAAGUCCAGCGACGAGGCCCCGCUGCAGACCAUCCCAGAACCUGGAGUGGAGAGGAAGCUGGAGUUCCUGGUGCAGCCUGCGCCUGUGGCCAAGCUGCUGGGUUCUGGCGUGUUGCUACCGUGCGUGGCCACAGGUUACCCCCCACCACACAUCCGCUGGAUGUUUGGAGACAAAGCGCUGGAGGACAGCGAUGGUCGUGUGGAAGUGACGGCAGGCGGCAGCCUCCAGAUUUCCAACCUUACGGAGGAAGAUGGAGGCGUGUACACCUGCGCGGCUGAAAACUCCAACACCACCAUCGAAGCCCAGGCCCAGCUCACAGUUCAAGUUCCUCCCCAGUUUGUCAAACGGCCCACCAACAUCUACGCCCACGAGUCCAUGGACAUCGUCUUCGAGUGCGAAGUUUCGGGCUCGCCCGCUCCCACCGUCAAGUGGGUCAAGAACGGAGACGCCGUCAUCCCCAGCGACUACUUCAAGAUAAUUAAGGAGCACAACCUGCAGGUUCUGGGUCUGGUCAAGUCUGACGAAGGUUUCUACCAGUGCCUGGCAGAAAACGAUGCCGGCAACAUCCAGUCGAGCGCGCAGCUCAUCAUCUUGGAUCACGACGUAGCCCUGCCCGCCUUCCCCCCCCCUUCACUGACUCCUAACACUACUGACCAUGUAACAGCAGGCUCCGGAGGCGUGGCCGCGCCGGCGGGGCCCACCCCCUCCGCGCCGCGGGACGUCGUGGCCUCCCUGGUCUCCACCCGCUUCAUCAAGCUGACGUGGCGCCAGCCGGCCGAGCCGCACGGAGACGACCUGACCUACUCCGUGUUCUACAGCCAGGAGGGCACCAGCAGGGAGCGGGUGGUGAACACCAGCCGACCAGGAGAGAUGCAGGUCACCAUCCAGAACCUGAUGCCAGACACCAGGUAUCGCUUCAGGGUGGUGGCGCACAACAGCAACGGCCAGGGCGAGAGCUCAGCAGCACUCAAAGUGGCCACCCAAGCUGAAGUACAAGUGCCGGGUCCAGCUCCCAACCUGCAGGCGGUGUCCAACACUCCGACCUCCGUCUUCCUCAGCUGGGAUAAACCCCUCACAGGCAACGGGGACAUCCUCUCCUACAAGCUCUACUACACAGACAGGAGCGUUGGCACCGAAGAGGAUGUUGACAUAGACGGCCAGUCGUACACCAUGGCUGGACUGAAGAAGAACACAGAGUACAGCUUCCGCGUGGUGGCCAACAACAAGCACGGCCCGGGGGUCUCCACGGAGGACCUCAUGGUCCGGACACUUUCUGACGUUCCAAGCGCCCCUCCUCAAAAUCUCACUUUGGAGGUCCAGAACUCAAAGGGCAUCAUGGUUCGGUGGCAGCCGCCUCCGCUCAGCGGCCAGAAUGGGGAAAUCACCAGCUACAAGAUACGCUACCGGAAAGUUCCACGGAGGAGCGAAUCAGCUGUGACCACUGCUGGGACAGAGCUCUACAAGCUCAUCGAUGGUCUGGAGCCCGGAACGGAGUACUCCUUCCGAGUGUCGGCCGUGACUGUGAACGGUACCGGACCGGCCACCGAGUGGGCCCCGGCAGAGACGUUUGAGAGCGACCUGGACGAAUCUCGCGUACCGGACCAGCCCAGCUCGCUGCACGUCCGGCCGCUGGUCAACAGCAUCGUGGUGAGCUGGACGCCACCGGAGAACCAGGACAUCGUGGUGCGCGGCUACACCAUCAGCUACGGCAUCGGGAGCCCCCACGCUCAGACCAUCAAAGUGGACUACAAGCAGCGCUACUACACUAUUGAGAACCUCAACUCCGGCUCCCACUACGUGAUCACGCUGAAGGCCUUCAACAACGUGGGGGAGGGGAUCCCUGUGUACGAGAGCGCAGCCACCAGAGUGCAGUCAGACCCCAUAGACCCCGAUGUUGACUUGUACGAACUGUUCCAUGCUCCAUACACCCCAGCGCCCGACCCCAGUCCCAUGAUGCCUCCCGUGGGCGUGCAGGCCUCCGUGCUGAGCCACGACACCAUCAAGGUGACGUGGGCCGACAACUCGCUGCCCAAGAAUCAGAAGAUCACCGACAACCGCCACUACACCGUGCGAUGGAAGACCAACAUCCCCGCCAACACCAAAGUGAAGAUGGCCAACAGCACAAGUCUGAGCCACAUAGUGACAGGCCUGAAGCCCAACACGCUUUACGAGUUCUCCGUCAUGGUGACCAAGGGCCGCCGCGCCAGCACAUGGAGCAUGACCGCUCAAGGGACCACCUUUGAGACCAUCCCCAGCUCCGCCCCAAAAGACGUGACAGUGGUGAGCAAAGAGAACAAGCCACGCACCAUAAUAGUCAACUGGCAGCCUCCCUCUGAAGCCAAUGGGAAAAUUACCGGUUACAUUAUCUACUACAGCACAGACGUCAACGCGGUGGUCCACGACUGGGUCAUCGAGCCUGUGGUGGGGAACCGCCUCACACACCAGAUCCAGGAGCUGACUCUGGACACGACGUACUACUUCAAGAUCCAGGCCAGGAACUCCAAAGGAAUGGGGCCCAUGUCGGAGCCUGUUCAGUUCAGAACUCCCAAGACUGAGUCCUCUGACAAAAUGGCUAAUGACCAAGCUUCAAAUAUCCCACCAAAGCCAGGACCUCCAGGCAACUCGUAUCCAGUUGCCCCUCGAAAUUCAGAUGGUCCUAGAAAUGAGAAUCUCACCGUGAUCAUCGUCAGCAUAAUCGCAGUGGGAGUCUUCACCACCAUAGUGGUGGUAGUGGGAGCCUUACUGUGCACGCGGCGCAGCACGUCCCAGCAGAAAAAGAAGCGAGCGGCCUCGAAGUCAUCAAAUGGUUCCCAUAAGUACAAGGGAAACUCCAAAGACCUGAAGCCGCCCGACCUUUGGAUUCACCACGAGAGGCUGGAACUGAAACCCAUAGACAAGUCGCCGGAACCCAACCCAAUCAUGACCGAGACGCCCAUCCCUCGCACCUCGCAGGACAUCACCCCCGCCGACAGCGGCCUGGAGAGCAACCCCCACCUGCAGCAGAGGCGCAACUCCUACCGAGGCCACGAAUCAGACGACAGCAUGUCCACACUUGCAGGCCGCCGGGUGAUGAGGCCUAAAAUGAUGAUGCCUUUUGACGCUCAGCCGCCCCAGCCCGUGAUUAGUGCUCACCCCAUCCAUUCCCUCGAUAACCAUCAUCACCAUUAUCACAUGGGCAGCCUGGUAUCACCGACACGCAGCUACCUCUACCAUCAAGGCAGCGGGUACCCUCGCCCGCACGCCUGCGCCUCCCCCAUCUCCCACCUAGAGAGGGUGGACUCUUCAGAAUCCGUGAGGAACACGCCAAGUUCGGAGCCCCUCCCUCCGCCUACCGCCUCCUCCCAGGUCUCCUGCCCCUCCGAGAUCAUGGCUGACCCAGAGGGCAGCUACCACGGCUCCACCACCACCGAGGAAGAGCCCAGCUACUCCAGCAACCUGCCGCCACAUCGGCCAGCCCACCCGCACGCCCACGCACACCCCCUCAAGAGCUUCGCCGUGCCGGCGAUCCCGGUCUCCGGCCAUCCGUCAUACGAGUCCCCCGCCCUGCCCAGUACGCCUCUGCUCGCUCAGACCGGUGAGCACUCACCUCAGACAUACCCAGAGUCUGUUUACCACCAGUGGCCCCCCACUCACCCUCACGUUGUAAAAACAGCCUCCAUUGGAACACUAGGAAGAACACGCACUCCAAUGAUCGUAACGGUGCCCAACGCCCCCGACGUACCAGAGACGAGCAAAAUGCUGGAGGAUGUAGACAGCGUGCUUGCCUCCCUGCCCCCCUGUCCCUCCCCGGCCCCUCGCAGUAACCCUAUUCCUCUCCCUCAGAGCUACGAGCCCGACGAGCUGACCGAGGAGAUGGCGCACCUCGAGGGCCUGAUGAAAGACCUGAACGCCAUCACGACAGCGCCAUGACCACGCACUCGCUCGCUCGCUCGCUCAGAGAGACGCACUCGCACACACUCCCGCACACACCCACACACACGCGUAUGCAGAAACAAGCCACACGACUUUCACAAGCAAAACACAUCCAGAGGCCACGUGGACACAAACCCGGCCUCCUGCGGCCCCCGACGGAGACAACGGAACCUCCAGACUGAAACGUAGGAACUGCUUCUUCUUCUUCUUCAGUCUCAGACAGGAGAUUGCCACGACGAGGAGGAGGAGGAGGAUAAAUCGAGACGCUUCAUGUUGAUAUGAAGAACAAACCUCAGAGACGAUGAACUUUUUGGUUGCUUUCAGCCGAACGAUUGUGAAUCUCACCUUUUUUUGUUUUUCCUCGCUGGUCGACUCGGCAUGAAGUGAAGAGGUGGAAAGAUCAUAAACAUGCGGGGGAGGGGUUUUUAUUGAUGCCGGCGCUCGUGCGGUGCCGACUACAACACGGUGUUUGAUCAGUGUUUACUUUGUGCGUUUUGUAUAUCUAUUGGGCCGUUUCAGUGAAGUGAGCAUUGGAUGUCAGCUCCUCCCAUUUACUACUUUUUUACCUUUUUUUGUUGCUGUUUUGUUUUUUACAAACCCACAAUAUUUCAUGUCCGUUUUGCUUUUUACCCUUUUGUGUCAUAUAUUGUGCCAUGACUUUUUAUUUCCAAUGUUAUUUUAUUUCUUACAUGCGUCUCCUUAUGAAUAUGUACAUACAUGUUUUUAAACUGCCUCAUUCUUUCUUUAAUAUUGUUUCAUUAUUAUUUUAUUAUUAUUAUUAUUACUUGUGAUUUAAAUUGAGUCCUGAAGCUCAGUUUUCAUAUCAGUGGAGGUGUGAAGCCUGACGGGUUUCUACAGUUUCCCGUUUCCCCUGGCGUCACGUUGUCCACUUCGUACACUAAAUCGCUCUUCGGUCUUUCCUGUUCGUUGUGGGAGCUCCGUUUUAAAAAGCCUUACCAACGUGUUUGUACGUCGGACCGCGGAGAAGACUCGCCGUCGACUUUCUCCCACGCCGCCGUGGGAGCUCCUGGAUCUUUCUGUGGGACUGUGGCAGCUUCUCGCUGGUCAGGGUUACCUCGGACUCAGGGCGCUGACCCCAACACCCGCCACUCAACAGCUCUCCGAAAAAGAAGGCAUCAAUCAAUCGAUCGAUCGAACAGCAGCAGAUGAAAAGUUAUCUUUUUAUACAACGAGUUUGGUCGUAUGUGUGCGUUUUCCAAAAAAAAGAAACAAACAAAAAACAUAAUAAUCUUUGAUUUUUGGACAUUUCUUCUGCUGAAACACUCGGGCAUUUCCUUGCUGCAAAGUCUUUUUAAUGUUUUUUUUGUUUGUUUGUUUGUUUUUUUUCCCCCUUCUCCUCUUCGUUGAAUGCCACACCCGUUGUGGUUCUGUUACAAAUGUUAUAGGAUGCAAUGAUGUUGACCUUUUGAAAGGGACUCCUGGAUUUUUUUUUUUUUUUUUACAUAUAUAUAUAUAUAUAUAUGGUAGGUUUUGUACGAAGAAAAAUAAAAAAAAGAUUGUUCUGAACACAAAUCUGCUGUAAAGGAAAAAAAAAAGAGAAAGAAAAAAAGGUCCAGCUCAGACACUAGUUUUUCAUUACCCUCUUACCCAAAGAAAUUUUGUCAUUUGCAAUCAUAGUAAUUUCCUCUACUUUUGUGAAUACCAUGUUUUGCAUAAAUGUGCAUCGUCAUGAAUGUCAGUAUAACUGUAAGAGAUUUUAACUUUGGAGACAAACAAGGAACACGUUGCAAAGGAAACUGGGAGAAAAAGCAACCAGACUCCAUUUGGGAAACGAUCUGUUGAGUUGUAAAACAGUUGAACCUGUAUUGCACUUUUUCACAAUUUUUGGAAAGUAAAUUUCUUACAUAUCUUGUGUUUUGAAUAUCAGAAGCUGUUUGUGUAACGUAGUGUCUUAGGUAAGCAGCAGGCAGCUUGUCUUUUUUUUUUAUAUAUAUUUUAUUUUAUUUUUUUUUUUUUUUGCUUCAGAGAUGAUAUGAAAUGAGCGACUGAGUUGUUUCACUCGGCGGCUCGUGAUGAGGAAUUCUGUUGUUCUGCUUGUUCAUGUACAGAGCUUUCUUUGCUUUCUGUAGAAGAAGAAGAAAAAAAAUCUGUGGCUUUUUAAAAAAAAAAAUGUUGAAAAAUGUUUGGACAAAAAUAUGUUUUUUUUAUUGGUGCUCCUAUACAUUGUGUAUACAAGCUAUUAAGAAUACUAACAAAGUAAA